AUGGAGUCGGCUAAGGGGGCAAAUACAGUUGUUGACGAUGAGGAAAAGGCCGUAGGUAUUGAGUGCUACGCGAAUACCGCAUCGGGUUUCCAGGCUAUCCUCAAGGAGCGUUACACUGACUUCAUCGUGAACGAGAUUGGCCUGGACGGCGAGGUGGUCCACCUCACGUCCUUGGACGCGGCGGUGGACGAAGAGAUCGACAGUAGGGAGCAAGAAAAGAGGCAGAAGACGAUUGUGCAGCUAAGCGCGACUCAGGAAGAGCCCGAUGAUCACAGCGACCGACAGCUCGACGAUGGUAAGAAGGCACCUGCGGCGGCGGCGGCAACGCCAAGCGAAACGCAGGGCGAAGGCACAGAUGCUAAGGUUGAACAGACUGAAGUUGCGGCUUCGGUAGACUUCUCUGCAGAGAUAGAGAUUGCAGUUGCUGAUUUCGUGAAGCUCGCUGGGCCCGCGGAGGCUGAGCGGCUGAAGGAGUUCCUCGAGCAGCCCGGGGUCCUGUUACCUGCGGCGGAGGGGAAACCUGCUCCUGCCCCAUUGAUUUUGGCCUCAAGCAACGAUAAGGCUUACCGUACGCGCAUGCACGUCUUUUUUAACUCGCAUUUUCAACUGAUGACCGACACGGUCGAGGCACCCGCUGAUGAAGAAGCCUCUGGUCCAGUGAAAAAGGAUUCGAAGCGACCCUGUCUGUGUAUUCGAGUACAUCCCAGGAAGCCCGUGAACAGCAAAGGCGGCAACGGAGGGCAGAAGCGCAAUCGCGAUGAAGGCGGUGGCUGGAAAGGCCACAGGCGGUGGCCUGCCAACCUCCCACAAUACCUUGAGUUCACCCUCUGCAAAGAAAACAAGGACACCGGGGAUGCAAUCGGCGUCCUGUCCCGUAUUCUCCAUGUGAAACCAAGGUCUUUCGGGUUUGCUGGCACCAAGGACAGGCGCGGCGUGACAAGUCAACGAGUCACUAUUUUUAAAGUACGCGCUGCUCGAAUGGCUAAGCUGAGGCUACUUGGAAUGAAGGUCGGCAACUAUCGUUACGUGGAUCGCGAUUUGCGACUCGGUGACUUGAAGGGCAACUUGUUCACGUUAACCCUCAGAGGAAUAGAGGAAGGAUCACAGCUGAGUAUAUCUGAGGCAGUUAGGACCCUUCGCACGAGUGGUUUCAUCAACUACUUUGGACUGCAGAGAUUCGGUAGCCACUCGAUUGGCACACAUGUGGUUGGUGCUGCCUUAUUGCGAGGUGCUUGGGAAGAGGCGGUUGACCUCAUCUUGAGACCACGAGACGGUGACAAACCUCAGGUCGCGAUGGCUAGGUCCAUUUUUAAGGAGCAAGGAAAUGCGGCAGCAGCUCUCAAACACAUGCCGACAUGGUGCGUGGCUGAACGCAGCCUCCUCGAAGGCUUGGUAAGGGCACAAAAAAAUGACUAUGUGAGCGCUUUUAGUUCUAUCCCGCGCACGACUCGUAAGAUGUAUGUUCAUGCAUAUCAGAGCUACCUGUGGAAUCGAGCUGCCAGUGAGCGUGUACGUAGACACGGGCUCCAGCGCGUUGUUGCUGGAGAUCUCAUUAUAGACACCGGUUGCCAGACGGAUAUCGAUAAUGAAGAUGGCGACAAUGAUUGGAUAUUUUCGAACGUUCGCGAAGUCACGCCUGAGGAAGCAUCUGCAGGUGUAUUCAGCAUCACAGACGUCGUGCUUCCUCUCCCUGGAUCACGAGUGAUCUAUUCGGAGUCCGUGCAGAAAAUAUACGAAGAAAUUUGCCAAUCAGAUGGGGUUCAACUCGUAGGGUUUGCGCACUCAGUAAGGGAAUACUCUUUUGGGUAUCUCACGGGAGCGUAUCGGCGGUUGGUGACCAAGCCAGACAAGGUAAAAUUUGAUUUCGUAAGGUAUUCGGACCCAAGCGCAGACUUAGCCGAAACAGACUUGGCACGAUUGCAACCUGUGCAACAUGAUACGGUGAAACCGGCAGGCAAAGCUGAGGAAGGAGAGCUGCUGGCCCUUCGAUUGAGUUUCUCGUUGCCAACAGCUUCAUACGCAACCAUGGCUAUCCGUGAACUCAUGAAAUCGUCCUCUUCACAGGCGUCACACAAGGCUGCGACGCUCUCUGCGAACCACAUAGUGCAGAAUUAG